GCGGGAGUAGCCACCUCGGGGACGUCGGUACGGAAGAAGCACCCUUCCUCCGUGACUUCCCUUCCGCUUGUGUGUGCGUCACUUCCGCGACGUGGGCCCCUCUCCAAUCAGAAUUGAGGAGGGUGUAGCUUGUGCUAAAAUCGAUUGUGAUUGACAUGGCGGGGGGGACUUUUCUGAGACUUCGUUUUCCGGGAAGACAGACGCCCUCCGGCUUAUUGUGGGCACCUGGACUGUGUCUGGGAAGCGCAACAAGCCUUUCCAUCCGAAGGGAAAAUUUAGCUGAGUCCUCUUAGUUGACUCAACUAUUGACGGACACCUUUAAGGGUCAACAUCUGAAAAUGUUCACAUUUGUUUAAAUAGGGGAACCUGAGCUCAGAGCUACAUCUACAGUUUAUCUUAUCAAAAUGUGUGGACGUAGAACAAACUGAAGGAAAUUGAAGAUCACAGAACUUACUGACUGAAGCACUGUUCAUAACAAGAAUAACAGUAUUUGGAGAAAGACCUUUUUAUUCCGCUAAAUCAUGAUGGAAGCAGAAGAAAACCAACAGCCGUGGAAGACAGCCUUUUACUCAGAAUUACCUAAAGUGGAACUUCAUGCCCACUUAAAUGGAUCCAUUAGUUCUAAUACUAUGAAGAAAUUGAUAGCCAAGAAGCCAGGUCUUAAAAUCAAUGAUCAGAUGACUAUGAUUGAUAAGGGAAAGAAAAGAACUUUAGAAGAAUGUUUCCAGAUGUUUCAGAUUAUUCAUCAGCUUACUACUAGCCCUGAAGAUAUUCUAAUGGUCACAAAAGAUGUCAUUAAAGAAUUUGCAGAUGAUGGUGUCAAGUACCUGGAACUAAGGAGCACACCCAGAAGAGAAAAUGCUACAGGAAUGACUAAAAAGACUUAUGUGGAAUCUGUACUUGAGGGUAUAAAACAGUCCAAACAAGAAAACAUAGACAUUGAUGUUAGGUAUUUGAUAGCAAUUGACAGAAGAGGUGGCCCUUCAGUAGCCAAGGAGACUGUUAAACUUGCUGAAGAGUUCUUCCUCUCUACUGACAAUACAGUUCUUGGCCUUGACCUCAGUGGAGACCCUACUGUAGGACAGGCAAAAGACUUCUUGGAACCUCUUUUAGAAGCUAAGAAAGCAGGCCUCAAGUUGGCAUUGCAUCUUUCAGAGAUUCCAAACCAAAAAAAAGAAACACAAGUACUUCUGGAUCUGCUUCCUGACAGAAUUGGGCAUGGGACAUUUCUCAGCUCCUCUGAGGAAGGAUCCCUUGAGCUGGUAGACUUUGUGAGGCAACAUCGGAUACCACUGGAACUCUGUUUGACCUCAAACAUCAAAAGUCAGACAGUUCGAUCUUAUGACCAGCAUCAUUUCGGAUUCUGGUACAGCAUUGCCCAUCCUUCUGUGAUCUGUGUAAGACUGAUGAUAAGGGUGUUUUUGCAACACAACUUUCUCAAGAGUACCAACUGGCAGCUGAAACAUUUAACUUGACCCAGACUCAGGUGUGGGAUCUGUCUUAUGAAUCCAUCAACUACAUCUUUGCUUCUGACAGCACCAGGUCUGAACUGAGGAGGAAGUGGAAUCAUCUAAAACCCAGAGUGUUGUAUUUUUAAGCUGCAAUGACAUGAACUACUUUUGAGUAUGUGUUGCAACCAAGAUCUUCCCACUGUAUCUCACUUAGUUAACUCUCUACCUUUGAAGCACACCAGCCAGGUACCAUGGGCACCCUCACCAGCACUUUACUCGUGGCUGGUGCCCAGUAAAUAUUUUAAAUUGA